GCGAGACACCAAUCGUUCGCCGUUCAUUUAGUCUGCAAGGGUUGCGCUGCCGCAAAAAACCUGUGGUCUGUCCCAGAGCGGUGAUAGGCCCCAUAGAGGCGUUUGAUUGUUGCGCAGUCUGCGAAACGGGAAGGGUUGCAGGAACCUGGUUGGGACCUCGUAUCGAAAUACAGUUCCUAGGAUAAACACACGUAACAACAAAGAGGGCUAGAAGUUAAGAAACAGGUGUCUCUGCGUGCUCGCCACCACUCCGACUGGCUCUUCAACCAUGACGUCUGUCUUCGCUGUGCUCCUACUGACCGCCGUUUCACUGUGCACUGCGCUCAACGAGGUGCUCGGUGACGAGCUGCGCGCUGUUCCCGCUUCCCCGUCUUCGGCCAAGGGGGCGCGGACGCUGGACCGGCUGAGCGGCGGCGAGUACGUGCGUGGCCUCGACGGCCGCCGACGCCUGGACAAGAUCAGCGGCGGCGAGCUGCUGCGUUCGGCCGACGACGCCGCGCUGCUGCGCUCGCUGGUGCUGCCGUACGCCCUACGAACACCGGCCUCGGACGCCCGCCGCGGACUGGACAAGAUUGGCGGCGGCGAGUACAUACGUUCGGCGGGGGCCUUGCCGCCUGGCUCGGCAGCCAAAAGGUUCGACUCCCUCAGCGGUCUGACGUUCGGAGGCGACCAAGGGGGCCUGAAAAAGCGGGCCUACGGACACGGGGACUUCGACGAGAUCGAUCACGCUGGCUGGCCGGGAUUCUACAAGCGAAACUUUGACGAAAUCGAUAGGAGUGGCUUCGAUGGCUUUUACAAGCGAAAUUUUGACGAGAUCGACAGGAAUGGCUUCGAGGGCUUUUACAAGCGUUCGGGAGCUCGGGAGAAGUGAACGCCCUUGCACUACCCCUUUGUCCGUUAGCCUUGGCCACCCGCUAAGCGAAACCACCACCGAACAAAUGCCACCUCUCCACCGUAUUACAGAUCCUUUUACCAGUCUGAAUAAUAUAAAAACAUGCGAGACUAAUUAAGCAUUGAUUACAUACAUGUAGAAGAUUUUAGGUUUUUAUAGCUAGAAUGCCCUAACACUCCAAAGCAACUUGUGCGGACUAGGUUGUUGUUUUUUAUGCAGGAACCCCGUGUUCUCUCAUUGUAUAGGUGCCCUUGAGUGGAAAAUCGUCUGCCCCAUCGACAAGGUCAAUUAGCAAACGGGAUGUUACUUGGCGCAGGAGUUCCUAUGCGCUAUUCAUCGGUUUGCAUUAAAUUGUGCUCUUCUCGACAUCGUUAGUACGAGUUCAUUGAGUUGGUUUAGCGAAAUCAACGAGCACCUUGUCUAUGGCAAUACCGUUCUCACGUCCAUAUGUGGCGAACGGCCUGCAAACUGCAACUGCAAAAGCCGUGAGAACGGACACAUUCUCUUACAUCAGGGGAAUCCGUUGUGUAUAAGUGGGAGCAUGUCUCUUUCAGAGCGCAUUUUCACAGCUGGAACAAAGUGGCAUCUAAAAUCUCAGGAGACGAAAUUAUGAAUAAAUGGCUGCAAUAUUUUUGCUCAGAGUACGUUCGUUAACUAUGCCACAAAUAAAGCUGUUGAACAUCACUCG